UUCCAGUCAAAGCCUGGAUCGCCUGUAGCCGCCUGUGGCACUCGCAAGACACGCGAUCGACCACCUGCUUUGACUUGCACGACCGCUGCUUCUUUAUGACGGCCUGCUAGACACGCGCAGCCGGGGCGUAGUCAGCCAGCAGCGCCGCAGGCGAGGAGGGCGCGGUUGCGGCGCAAUGAUCCGCUUCGUGCUGCUGCUCAGCCGCCAGGGCAAGGUGCGGCUGGCCAAGUGGUACACCACGCUGAGCCAGAAGGAGCGGGGCAAGAUCACCAAGGAGGUGUCCAACGUGGUGCUCGCCCGCCCCGCCAAGCUGUGCAACUUUGUGGACUGGAAGGACCAGAAGAUUGUGUACAAGCGGUACGCCUCCCUGUACUUCAUCGCCGGCAUUGACCAGGACGACAACGAGCUGCUGACGCUGGAGGUGAUCCACCAGUUUGUGGAGGUGCUGGACAAGUACUUUGGCAACGUGUGCGAGCUGGACCUCAUCUUCAACUUCCACAAGGCCUACUUCAUCCUGGACGAGCUGCUGCUGGCGGGGGAGCUGCAGGAGACGAGCAAGAAGGCGGUGAGCCGCGUGAUAGAGGCGCAGGACCAGCUCGUGGAGCAGGUCAAGGCGGGGAGCGUGAGCGAGACGGAGUUCACAUCCUUCAGCGGGCCGCGCGGAUAGGAUAGGAUGGAAGGAGCUGGGGGAGCAGAUGCAGGACAUAAUGUUGCGCCUCAUCUGAGGAUGGCCCGGCUGGCGACAGCCGCGACAGGCGAUGGCUGUAGGCCCGGUCCCCUCUCUUCAUCGCCCAUUGAGAGCACGUAGCCGAGUGUACAAACCUAUCGUUCUGUGUAUUCUACUGAUUGACAGGCCCUGCAGCUUCUGCACCAUCAAUCUGAACCUUGUUCAAAUUAAACUGCUGGGUCGC